CCCCUUUCACCCCACGGCCGUUGGCCUACGCGGAGGCCGAGCGGCCGGCUGCUGGCUGGUGCAGGGCGCGGGGCCCGGGACGUGGGGCGCGGGGAGGCGGCGGCGCGGCUUUCCCUGGGCGGCGAUGGCGCGCGCGGGCGCCGGGAAGCGGGCGCCGUAGUAGCGGGCUCAGCGGCGGGCCUGAGGCGGGCCCUGCGCCGGUCUCGCGCCAUGGCCCCCAUGGGCAUCCGCCUGUCCCCGCUGGGGGUGGCCGUGUUCUUCCUGCUGGGGCUCGGGGUGCUCUACCACCUCUACUCGGGCUUCCUGGCCGGCCGCUUCAGCCUCUUCGGCCUGGGCGGCGAGGCGGCGGGCGGGGCGGCGGAGUCGGGGGCCGACGGGGGCGCGGUGGACCUGCGCGAGAUGCUGGCCGUGGCGGUGCUGGCGGCCGAGCGCGGCGGCGACGAGGUGAGGCGGGUCCGCGAGAGCAACGUCCUCCACGAGAAGUCCAAGGGGAAGACGCGCGAGGGCGCCGAGGAUAAGAUGACCAGCGGCGACGUGCUGUCCAACCGCAAGAUGUUUUACCUGCUCAAGACGGCCUUCCCCAACGUGCAGAUAAAUACUGAGGAACACGUGGAUGCAUCUGACAAGGAAGUCAUUGUAUGGAACCGUAAGAUUCCUGAGGACAUCCUGAAGGAAAUAUCUGCUCCUAAGGAGGUUCCAGCAGAAAGUGUGACCGUUUGGAUUGACCCGCUUGAUGCUACACAGGAAUACACGGAGGAUCUUCGAAAGUACGUCACCACCAUGGUGUGUGUAGCUGUGAAUGGCAAACCUGUGCUAGGUGUUAUUCAUAAGCCAUUUUCUGAAUAUACAGCUUGGGCAAUGGUAGACAGUGGUUCAAAUGUGAAAGCCCGUUCUUCCUACAAUGAGAAGACCCCAAAGAUCAUUGUGUCUCGCUCUCAUGCAGGGAUGGUCAAACAGGUUGCUCUUCAGACAUUUGGAAACCAGACUUCAAUCAUCCCGGCUGGUGGUGCUGGUUAUAAAGUUUUAGCACUCUUGGAUGUGCCUGAUACAAGCCAAGAAAAAGCAGAUCUAUAUAUUCAUGUGACAUACAUCAAAAAGUGGGAUAUAUGUGCUGGCAAUGCCAUCUUAAAAGCCCUCGGGGGGCAUAUGACCACUCUGAGUGGUGACGAGAUCAGUUAUACUGGGUCUGAUGGCAUUGAAGGGGGACUCCUUGCUAGCAUCAAAAUGAACCACCAAGCUCUGGUCAGAAAACUCCCCGAUUUAGAAAAGUCGGGACAUUAGCAUUCCUGACCAUAGGGUGCAACUCUUCCAGAUGUGAACUGUUUGGCCUGAACUGUUGGAAGCUUGGAAGACUGGUAGAAGCGAUUCAUGGUUAAGGCCAUCCUGAACCUUUGGAAGGACUUAUGAAGCAUCAAAGACUCACUUUCCCUGAAACAGGAUGCAGAAUCAGGGAAAUUGGGUUGCUUCGUUUCUCAAGUAUUGUCUUUAUUUUUGAGACUAUUUUCAUACAAUUGUCAUACACAAGGCGCAUAUAUAUAUAUAUAUGUAUGUAUGUAUAUAUAUUUGUGAAUUAAAAUCUAGAGCUGAGUACACUGUUAUGAGUCACCAUUUCACUCAACAAAUGAUGAGUCUGCACUGUUGAUACUUACGUAUAGAUUGAGUUUGAGGAAGGCUUUGUUUUGUGUAGAUGUUUAGUGUAACUUUGAAGUUGUAUCUUAUUGAAAAUAACUCAUUGGUGGUUUUUACUCCUCAGAUGGAAAAGCACAAGAAGUCUCAUACUCAUUAAUAUGCAGCGAACGCAUAUGAACAGGAAUAAUUCUGUUCUGCCAUUUCUAUGGAUUUAAUAGAAGAGGCUUAAAUUAUUUUCUUUGAAAUUUUACUAACAGAUUCACCAGCCAGUAGGAAAUAUAAACAAAUGAUGGAUUGCAUUAUGGUUAGAAUUUUCUGUGAAUGUGUGUUUUGUAUUGAUAAAAGAGUGUUUAUGGUUUCAACAUCUCAGCCAUGUUACUUUUGGUUUUCAUUUCGCCGUGAAAGGUGCCAUUUUUCAUCUUUUCUCUGCUGACCAGGACUUAGUUUUUAACCUGUAAAGUUGGUCAUAAGUUUUAAUAUUAGCACCAUGAUAUGAUAUAUUUUCUCAUUAGAAAGAAACUAGGCUGUAAGACACUAUAAGAAUAAAUGAUUUUGUAAUAAUUGGAAAAUACAUGACAUUAUAUGGAUUGACUAGUUUUAAUUAAUUUUCAGGACUUUUGUUUAGUAAAUUGUUAAAUCUUGCCAGGUUUAUCUGUAGAAAUUAUCUUAUCAAGAAUGGGCACAGCUCAGUUUUUAGCUAUUAAUAGGCUUAAAUGUAACUAAAUUCUCAAAGGAGUCACCUGUGACACAAUUCUAUAGUUUCCUCAUUUAUAAAAAUGUUUGUGUUUUUUUUUUUUUCUUUUUCCCACAGAGUUGGCAGAAUGUGAUUAGAAAAGGAUAAGGUGACAUUUGUCGUGUUGCUGUAACUAACUGCUUUUUUUGUCUGAGCUGUAUUUGCUGGUGUGAGUGAUUUUUUCUUCCUGUGAUUUAGAAAAGUAAUGUAAAUAAUCAUGUAUUUUUUCAUGUGGCUUUGAUGUCCUUGUAAACUUUAAUGUGGAAUUUCUCAUAUUUUCUUUUCUUAAAAAUGUAAGCCUAAAGAAUUUUCUAUUUGUUUUCCAAUUUUAGAGGUAGAGUUGAGCAGAGAAUGGACACUCCAGCUAGUAGAUUGUUCAUACUUGAGGUUGUCAUGUCACUGGGGACCUAAGCCCUUCUUCCUUCCUCAGCAGUAGACUGCAUCUUCGUACUGAACAACAAGUGCUUUCUCCCAUACUCAGCAGCUGGUAACAGAUACACGAGUUGCCCUUUGUGCAAUCAAAAUUCAAAGUUUUGGGAGUUGGAAACUUGGUACUUACAUAACAGGACUUGUGAGCUUUUAAAACAAUUUCAGACACCUGAUUUAGUCACUAGAUAAUAUGAUAAGAGAAAGGAGAUCCAGCUUUCUCUGGAGAGAUGGCAAAAGCAGAUACUGUCACAGAGUCCUGUGAUAGAGGCAUUUGUUUUCAUUGUAAUAGGUCAAAAAUAGAAUAUAGAAUUUAAUUGAAUAUGUUUUAAAGUGCAGAAACUCUUUACCAUUUUGUAGAAGUAAAACUAGUUCACACUAGCAAGCAUGAUUGCUUUGUUUUUAUUAACAGGUGUAACUAAGGAUAUGAAGAAUGCUGUGUGCUGUGCUAAAAAGUUAGGAUUCUGAGAGAUGAAAGUAUUUCUAUAAUUUGUCCAUGUUGUCUAGUUACUAAUGAUCUUAUGUACUUUUAUAGACAGUUUAUUUUUAAAAUUUUUUUAAGAGCCAAUAUACAUUAUAAGAAAAAUGGUAUUAUUUACAUAAGGUAUUAUUGUGCCAGAACGUACUAGCUGUGGAAUAUAUAAUAUAUCUCAGAAUUAACAUUGUUUUAUUUCUAAAACAUAACAAAAUAAGCAAAUUUAUAUUUAGAAAUGACCUGUUUUCCUUUUAGUAAAAGCAGAGAUGCCCACAGCCAUGGUGGGUGACAUCAGCUGUUUCAUCCUCAGCCACCUUUAGCUGCCACUGCUCCUUUUUCCUUUUCAGCUCUCUGUCUUAGCUGUUAUGCCACCUUGCCCCAUGCUUAACCCAGCAUUCUUUUAUGAACUCAUUCUUCUUUAUAUUGGCCACCGAACAGUCAAAUUGAGACUUAGUUCAAGAUUACAGUGAAAGCGAUUAAUCCUGAAGAGACCUAGUUACCCACUAUAUUUGAGACUUCAUGAGAAGUGAAGAAAAUUACCUUGGAAACCAUAAACUUUCCAUGCUGUUAUGUAAGCCUGCUUGAAGAAACCUGUUUUUUUUGUUUGCUUGUUUGUUUGUUUAUUUUCAUUCUUAUACCCCCCGCCUCUGAUUCAGUUGAGUUUACAAGGCCCUACAAUACAGCCAUAUUUGUGUUGGUGAUUUUUCUCCUUUGCUUAGCUUUUUGUUGUUUUCUUAACUGAAACACUCAGAUGAGGUAUUGGUGAUACAUAUAAUGAACUGACAAGAGCAUCUAGAUUUGUGUUUAUGAUUGUGGAGAUUCUUAGUUUCCUGGGGCUCCUUUGGACUGUUCUGCAGAUUGUGUCAAGAGGAAACAGUUGGGCCAAGGUUAGAUGCUAAGUUCAGGAAAUGUGAUGAUACUCUGGCUAUGAAGGCAGAAGUGCUCUGGUAACUUGGGCAGAAGUACAGUGGAGUGCCAUCCAUUUUAACUUCUUUGGUGAUAGAUGAAGAUAGCCUUCCUGGGACAACCUGGAAGGUGAAAGCAGCAAUUCUUCUAGCUACCUGCGAUAGCUGUGUGGAUCAUUGCUGUGUAGAAACAUUAGUUUUCAUAUUAGCUUGGAUUAAGAGUUAUUUAAUGAUAUACCUGUAGAGUGGCUCUGUCUUAAAAUUGUGUGUAGAAAAAAACAAAACAAAACACUAAUCUCUGGGGGUUUUCCUUAAGAAAAAAAAAAAAAAAGAUGUGCCUUAAAUAGGGCAUUGUAUGUUAAUAAGACAAAACAAAACUUCUUUUUAGCAAGUGGGGAAAAUAGCUUUUUUCCCAUUAAAUUUUAAGUUCUUUUAGUGUUUUUUAUAUCAGAGUUGGGGAAAAGUCAUUAAAAUUAAAUAAAACUGAUGAAUUAUUUUUGCAUAAUGUAGCAUUUAUAGUUGAAGUACAUUUUUCUAAGAACUGGUUCAUGAUGUACAUAAGUGUGAAAUGAUAGUUCAUCAUUUGGUUUUAAAUUAAAUGGUAAACCAGGAUAGAUUGCAUUUUACAAAUUUUACUUUUAAGUAAACUAUUUCUCUAGCUUUUUGGUGGUCUAGUAGUUAAAUAAUAACUGUGUUGUGACAUAACAGAGUUCCUAAUGAAAGGAUUCUAACCUUGAUCAGCCACGGUUUUGAGGGCUGCUUCACAGUGAAGUUCAGCAAUCACUUGGUUCUGUGAGGUGCUCAUAUGUGUAAAUUGUUCUUUUUUAUCUUAUCAACACCUGGCAGGUUGUAUUCUGAGUUAGCGUUGACAGGGUUUUUUGUUUAUUUAUUAUUUUUUGAGUUGGGCAGUAAUUUAAUGGAAGAAAUGAGAUGUUUGCUUUUGAGAUAAUACAAGAUAAAUUUUAAAGUUAAGGAUGAUGAAUAAUACUAAAACAAUUGAUUAUAUAUUAUAUUUGUUGUCAUUCCCUAAAGUAUUAUCUAAUGUAUGUUUGUAAAGUACAAAAGCAGGGGUUGUGAUAUUUUGUCAAUAUGCUUAAUUAAAAUUAUUUUAAGGUGUAAAACAAGUGGUACAUUUGUCAUUCUGGAGAGACUUGUUCCUCCAUAUGUGUUUUUAAACUAGGAAAUAUAAGUUAACAUGAGAUACUUAACCAGAAAACAAUCUCAUGUCCCUAUAUAUGGCCUUCAGUCUUUGUUAUGUGGCAUGAAUUAGAGAGGGACUCUUGUCCUGUACUGGCAGUGGCCAGAACCAGCCUUUGUUAGUCUAACAGGCUGUCUAUAGUAAUAGACUGUCCAUUGCUAUGGCUUGUUUUUAUUGGCAGUACUGUCUUGGUAGCUUCUGCCUGUGUCACCAGAACUGUGUCCUUUCCCUGAUCUUUUAAACUUUAUUUUCAUCUUUACUUCCUGUUAAUCUAUUUCUUAAAAUGGGUCAACAGUGGUUGACUACUUCUUUCUUUUCAUAUAUAUCAAGCCAUGGAGGAAAUAAGCCGUUUCCUUUUGCAGAGAUGCCACGUUUUCUUAGCAGGCUCUGACCUGCCAAGCCACUCCACCAGAUUGCAGUGGAGCCCAGUGUCAACUUCUUUGGGAAGAAACGUCUCCAACCAUGGCCUUAGAAGAGUGCUUUAUGUUUCACCACACCGCUUUUACAAAUGCUGUUAGUUUACUUGCUAAGAAGAUGGAGUGUGUCUGAUUUCUGGGUUUGUGUUUUCACUACAUCCCCAUUACCUAGUGUCUUGCACAAAUUAGGUCCAGAUUGUGUGCUGAAUUGGACUAAAGGAUCACUACUAGUAUUAGCAUGCUUCAUGUCUCAGUAGUAUAAGCUAGUAGCUUCCUUUGCUGAUACAAUUUCUAAGUGUCACCCUAUACACACUAAGUUGUUUUUGUUUUGUUUUUUCAGUUUUGCCUUUCCUCUAGAUACUACCCAAUGGUCAAUUGACUGUAUAAAAUGUGAUUGCUUCCAGUGACAUAAUUAUCCCAAACCUGCCCUGAAUAUACUUUAACAAGUGAAAUUUGAAUUCUUCAAAUAAAUUGAUCAUGUCUGAGAAAGUU